UGGCACGCCAUGUUCAAGGAGCUGCAGAAGAUCUUCACCGCCACAAAUUUGGAGAUGCAGGGGAUAUAUCUCUUUUGCUGGCUCAGUCAAGGCACAUCGAUUCUCAGACUGGUUGCAGUUCUUCCCGCCGUCAUCGUCCUCCUUCACCUCUACGACAAGCCGAUGUACCACAUCGUGGACCUGACGGGUGUGCAAUCUCAGGCCCGACGGACGAUCGUCUUCCUUCGUUCGCGCUACAUCAACUGCGGGCCCAACUUUGGCGCCACCAGCGCGCGACUGUUUCAGUUUCUGGAGCGCCACAGCAGCAGCCGUGAGGUCAUCGUGACUGGAGUCGAUGCGGAGGGCAUGGAGCGUGUGCAUCAGUUUGAACUGCACGAAGAGCCGCUCCCAAAAUACACCACUGCCCACGGGGACCAAGCGUCGUGCAACCUCACCUGCUGCUCCUAUGCGACGGAGCUCGUCUACAACGUGCAGCUCCGGCUCGGCGAUCUGGAACGCCUCAACGGGGCGAAGUUGUGGAUGCCUCGCUCCUGGCCGCGGAACACAGAGGCGCGGAAUGAGGAGUGUGCUGAACACUUGGAUGGAGACGUCGAGCUGUUUCAUGCCACCGACCGCGUGGAGAUCCUGCCAGGUGUAGACAAGCGCCUGGCGCAGAAAGAGCUUGGUACCCUCCUUCCGGUACUUGCUGGUGUACCAAAGGACGAGCAGCCCUUCCAUGCUGGUCUCGCCGCCAUCUUCGAGACCAGUGAUUGGCCGCGCAGCUACCCCAACCUUGUGCGAUUGUGGGUGGCUAUGGCGGUGCUUCCCCUAAGCACUGUCGAGUGCGAGGGGAUUCUCGCGUCAGAAUAUCAUCAAAAGUUGGAAUCGCACGAGUCUCUGCAAUGGGAAGCUGAAGGAUCUGAUGUGUAUGAGUUUGCUGGAUUAUGACAUGGACUGGGAUAAGGUCAUUGACGUGUGGCGUGGCCUCAAGAAACGCAGACCGAGGAGGAGAGCCUUUCAAAAGGAAGUCCGCCCCAAGAAGACGGCCAAGGGCAAGGAGAAGGUGAUAGAACUGUUAGAGGAGGAGGAGCGUGAGGUAGAGGAGGACAGCUGUGCUAGCAACGGCUUUAGCUCCGGUGAUGAUGAUGAUGU